UGCCCGAAUAGAGGUCAUCAGUAGAGAGACUACAAGCUCUGGCAACCUUGCGUGCGGCCCUUUCCCCCCGGGUGGAGAAGUUGGGAUCUCCGUGGGACCGGCUCAGGAAGCUGCUAUCGUCUUCUGCCUCUUUCGAGCCCGCAACGAAUCAAUUCCUUUUCAUUCCAUUUCGCUCCCCGACCAAACAGGACCAAUGAAUAUUUGCUGCCAGAGACACGGAACGACAAUUUCCUCGGUUGGCUUGUUCCGAUUUGAGAUCAAGGUUGAGUCAGUACGGGAGAGGCUGGUCUGAUUGUCUCUGGUUCGGUCUGUGAUGUUGGUUUUCCCGAAGACCCAAACCGAAGAGAUAUCACCGAGUCGGGGAGACCGGAUUCAGUUCGAUAUCGGCCUCAAUAAAAAGCUUUUUGCCCAUCCAAUGAACCAAGCCCAGCAUCCUUCUACUUUCUGUAGAGCUUAGUAACUUCGGCUUCAUGGUGAACGCGCUGAGAAUCAAUCUGGUUGGCCACGACCCACGCAGAGAAACAAAGAACGAACAUCAACGGUGAACUAUACGAUGCUUCGUUUGCCAUUAUGAAGAAAGAAGGCGAAGGAGAGAAGACCCCAUUUGGGCGAAAUUUCGCAGCGGCUUCGUGAGGAGGGAAAGAGACAGAGGGACGAAGAUGCAUAUAUUUGAAAGUAUCGUCUCAGCCUUUCAUGGGGGACAAGAAAGUCCGCUUAUUGAAGAUAUCAGACUCCUCCUCCUUUGCUUGCAUGAUAAACCCACCGAGUGUUCGAGCUUCGAAGCUCUUUGUAAUUGAUUCUCAGGGUUACUGAGUUCGAAUGAAGGCGGCUACGGUCCUUCUCGUGGCGGUGGCGAUAUGCCUCUGGCCGAGCUCUUUAGUCCCCGAGAGUUCGGCACAGGGGCUGCUGAGAGUGGGUUUGAAGAAGCGGAACUUAGACCUGAACAGCAUAAAUGGUGCGAGGAUCACCCGAGGACCGCACCAGUCAUAUCCGAGAAACUUUGGACUAAUGGGGAAUAAUGUCGGGAACAGUCGGAAGGCAGAUGUAAUAUAUCUGAAAAACUACCUCGACACGCAGUACUAUGGAGAGAUCGGUAUUGGCUCACCCCCGCAGAGGUUUCAGGUCGUCUUUGAUACCGGGAGCUCAAAUCUUUGGAUUCCCUCUUCAAAGUGCCUAUUUUCGAUUGCUUGCUAUCUACAUUCUAAAUACAGGGCAAGUCUAUCAAGUACUUACACCAAGAUUGGAAUACCGUGCAAGAUCGAUUAUGGGUCUGGUUCGAUAUCGGGAGUAUUCAGUCAAGAUCAUGUUAAACUGGGUGAUUUCAUCAUCAAAGAUCAAGAAUUCGUUGAGGCCAGAAAGGAGGGAAUUUUACCGUUUGUGGUUUCUCAGUUUGACGGUGUACUCGGCCUUGGAUUUCAAGAUACUUCUGUUGGGCAAGCCACGCCCUUGUGGUAUAAUAUGGUACAGCAAGGUCAUAUGACCGAUCAAAUGUUCUCAGUCUGGUUGAAUCGGAACCCCACAUCGAACACUGGGGGUGAGAUUGUCUUUGGGGGGCUUGACUGGAGGCACUUCAGGGGUGACCAUACUUACUUCCCAGUAAAUACAACGGGGUACUGGCAGAUCGAGGUCGGAGAUAUUCUUGUAGCUGAUGAUUCAACAGGAUUGUGUGAGAGAGGAGGCUGCUCUGCAAUUGUGGACACUGGCACAUCUUUUCUGGCUGGUCCAACUUCUGUUGUGGCCCAAAUCAAUCACAUGAUUGGAGCAGAGGGAAUCGUGAGCUUGAAAUGUCAAAAGGUUGUCUCGAACUACGGGAACCUCAUAUGGGAUUACAUAAUUUCAGGGUUGCAUCCCGAAACAAUAUGCUCGGAUAUAGGACUCUGUUUCUUUAAUGAGACAGUUCUUAGCAUUGACACUUCAGCGGACUCAUCGGUUCCUGGCAAUGCUCUCUGUACUUUCUGUGAGAUGAUCGUUUUCUGGAUCCAAAUGCAAAUUAAAAAGCAGAAGGCGAAGGACAGAAUAUUCAAAUACGUCAAUGAGCUCUGUGAGAAGCUCCCAGAUCCUGUGCGGAAAUCAUUCGUUGACUGUGAAAGAGUGGCAGAAAUGCCCGAUGUUACAUUCAUCAUCGGGAAUAAGUCUUUCCCUCUCUCUCCUCAUCAGUAUAUUCUCAUGGUCGAAGAGAAACACUCGACUGUCUGCAUAAGUGGGUUUGUUCCCCUAGACGUCUCGCAUGGGGAGGGUCCUCUCUGGAUCCUCGGCGACAUGUUUAUAGGAGCAUACCACACGGUCUUUGAUUUCGGUAAACUUAAGAUUGGGUUUGCGAAAGCAGCUUAAGAAUAAGUCCUCCCUUUUUUUCUCCUGUACAUAAUACCUGUACUGGGAUAUAGAUAAAGUGUGUCCUGAAUAAAGGAAGCAUUCGGCGAGUCGAAUGUGAGCUGGAGAUGCAACUGCACUAAUUAGUAUUUGUGUGCAGUUAUUUCAGAAAGUGAUGCUAGUGCAUGGAACAAAAUAUAUCUGUCAUAUUUUGAUUUUUACUUGCAUUAAUAAAUAAUAAAGUGCAACA